AUGGAAGGUGCUGUUGAAUUGUGGGAGCUGGAUGAGAAUUCGACACUCAUUGUCAGCAAGUUCUGCAAGUAUAAGCAUGAUGACAUCAUGUCUACAGUCAGUGCCCUGAGCUCUGGCACACAAGCCGUCAGUGGCUGCAGUGCCUCUGGCUACCUUCCCGCCUCCCUGGCUUGGCAUCCUCAGCAGAGUGAAGUCUUUGUCUUUGGUGAUGAGAAUGAGACUGUCUCCCUUGUGGACACCAAGAGUGCAAGCUGUGCCCUCAGCUCAGCUGUGCACUCCCAGUGUGUCACUGGGCUGGUGUUCUUCCCACACAGGUUCACCACGAUGCUGUCCACAUUCGCCAACCGGGAGAAGUUUGUCAAUUCAGUGAUAGCCCUCCUGAGGACACAUGGCUUUGAUGGUCUGGACCUCUUCUUCUUGUACCCUGGACUCAGAGGCAGCCCCAGCCGUGACCGCUGGACCUUUGUCUUCUUACUUGAAUCGCGUCUGCUUGCUUUCAGGAAGGAGGCGCAGCUCACCAUGCGUCCAAGGCUGCUGCUCUCUGCUGCUGUCUCUGGGGACCCCCAUGUCAUCCAAAAAGCGUAUGAUGUGCACCUUCUGGGAAGACACCUGGAUUUCAUCAGCGUCUUGUCUUAUGACUUACAUGGAAGCUGGGAAAAGUUCACAGGACACAAUAGCCUGCUGUUCUCUAUGCCCAAGGACCCCAAAUCUUCAGCAUAUGCCAUGAACUACUGGUGAAACCUUGCACCCCCUGAGAAGCUCCUUAUGGGGCUCCCCACCUAUGGAUGUACUUUUUGCCUCCUCAAAGCCUCUAAGAAUGACUUGUGGGCAGAAGCUGUGGGACCAGCAUCUCCAGAAUACACCAAGCAAGCUGGAUUCUUGGCUUAUUAUGAGAUUUGCUCCUUCAUCUGGAGAGUGAAGAAGCACUGGAUUGAUGAUCAGUAUGUCCCAUAUGCCUACAAAGGGAAGGAGUGGGUUGGCUAUGAUGAUGCCAUCAGCUUCAGUUACAAGGCAUUUUCCAUAAAGAGAGAGCAUUUUGGGGGGACCAUGGUGUGGACAUUGGACCUGGAUGACGUCAGGGGCACUUUCUGUGGCACUGGCCCUUUCUCCCUUGUCUACACAUUGAAUAAUCUCCUGGUGAAUCUAGAGUUCAGCUCAACUCCUUCACCAAAAUUUUGGCUCUCAACUACUGUGAAUUCUUCAAGAAUUGGCCCUGAAAGGCUGACUGUGAUCAAGGAUUUGACCACUGAUUUGGGGAUCUUGCCCCCCGGAGGAGAGGCUGUGGCCACGGAGAUCCACAGAAAGUCUGAAACUUUGACCACAGUCCCCAGAGGUGGGCUUGUGACCCCUACAAGGGAAACUCUGUCCUUUGGAAAGCACCCUGUAACUCCAGAAUGGAAGACUGUGACCCCUGGAGAGGAGACCAUGACCUCUGUGGGCCACCAGGCUGUGACCCCUGGAGGGAUAACUGUGGCUCCUGUGCAUCUUCAGACUGGAGAGAAAAUCAUGCCCCCAAGAAGGAAGGCUGAAGCCCCUGAGAAGAUGACCGUCCCCUCAGAAAAGAUGACAGUCACCCCUGCUGGGCAGACUGAGACAUUGAAGAACUUGGUGGUUUUUAUGGUCUUAACUGGUCUUGGCUGGUUUUGA